AUGCGUAUCAAGGUGGUUAGGGGCAAAGACGAGGGCUACGUCGUCAGCGUCUACACGCUUAUAAACAACAAUAAGGAAGCCAGACCAUACUCAUCUCGCGGUCUCGACACGGACGAUCUUAGACUCAACUACCUAGUCAACGUGUUGAAGAAGAACGAAGACGGCCUUGAAUUUAGAUAUGGGUAUCAACCGUGGUGGUACAUAGAUGAUGAGGAGGAGGCAGCCAUUGACACGGACGAGGAUCUCGUUAUCGCACACAGCUCUCUCCGAGAAAGGGUCAAAGCAGGUGAAGACAUGGAUGAGCUGACCGCGGUGGGAUCACCAGCAUUGUAA